GCAGAGCCCGCCAUUGCUGUGAACGUCGCAAAACACUGCUAAACAGUCAGAAAUCCCCCAGUCAUUAAGGAAUGCUGAAUCCCCAGUUCCUCGACAGCCAAAACUCCUCGCAACAUCAUCAACAGCACUGAACCUUAAAAAUGUCGAAUCCAGAAUCGAAGAUAGUCCUAACCCAGCGCACUCGCACCGAGCUAUUCACAUAUCACUACGAGUGGAAUAUCAAGGACUUCAGCAGUCGACCGGAGCUGCCAGGUCAGUGUAUAAAGUCCUCAGUAUUUCUCCUUUGUGCAACGACCGGCGCGAAGUGGUACUUGAGGUUCUACCCAAACGGGACACGACGGAAUGAACCGAACUUUACAUCGAUGAGAGUGUGCCUCAAAUCGGAUGAACAUUAUGAGAUUUACAUGAAGGUAGAAGUUUCAGUCCUAUCUAUUCACCAGGAGAAGAACUGCUCGACCACUUGGGUUCACAAGUAUGUGUCUGGUCGUCCUUUUGGCCCGACUCGAUUCUUCCACAAAAAUUGCUUGACGGCUGGUGAACGUGAGAAAUAUCUGCCCGAUGACACUCUGACUCUCCUGUGUCAGUUGACGAUCAUCGGGGCUGAUGGUUCAUCCAUUUACGAUAAACCCAAGUUCAAUGAAGUGGAGAACUGCCUGGGGACUGACAUGGGGAAGCUGCUGACGGAGGAGGCCAAAUUCAGGGACAUCACCUUUGACUUGGCUGGGGAGAUGAUUCAUGCUCAUAGAGCUGUCUUGUCUGCUCGCAGCGUCGUCUUCGAGACCAUGUUCAAGUAUUAUGGGACUGUUGUUCCUAUCAAUGAUAUCGAACCUGAGGUCUUCAAAGCCAUGAUCACUUAUCUUUAUACUGAUACUGUACCCAAGCUCAAGGAGGCGGCAGGUCCUCUGCUGGAAGUUGCUGAGAGGUUUGGUCUCGACAGCCUCAAAGCUAUGUGUGAACCCAUUCUCUUCGACACAGUCACCACUGGCAACUGCACUGAUAUUCUCGUGACUGCGGAGUUGUUCAGAGCAGUACAAUUGAAGAAAUGUGUCAUUGAGUUUAUGACGAGAAAUUUCAAGGAAGUGGUCAAGUCUCCUGGAUACAAAAUACUGGAAAAACAGCAUGCAGGUUUGCUGACUGAAAUUAUUCUGGCGAUGGAACCGAAGUUGAAGAAGCUGAAGACCUAGAGAUGAUGGGGUUUGAAUUUUGUUUUUAGUGAGAGUGUCUUCCGAUGUUGGUUAAGAACUGGUAUUGAGGAUUAAUUGUUUUGUAAGGAUGUUGAAAUCAUUGAGGGACUCUCGAUGCCUUUAAAAAUUUAUUUGUCGUUCAUGAAAUCUGAGUUUGGUGUUCAGUUGAGGUCAUUAAUUGCCCCUAAACAAUAUUUUGACAUUCCUUCCUAAAAUUAUUCGAUAAUAACGAGAGUCCUAUGUCUCUCUAUUCGUCAAGAAUUUCAGGAUUUCAUAUUAAAUACGUUAGAUCUCUAGUCUCAACAAAGUACUUUGUCCUUAAAUUUAUUUAGAGAGUCAAGAUUGUCAGUAUCGUAAGAACAUUUGUCAUUCCAAAAAGUAUAAACAUUUGUGUACAACGAGAUUUAAAAAGCAAAGGAAUGUACAGUACAGAAAUAACUGCAGUGAUCAGUACAAAAAGAAAAUAUUUUUCUCAA